CAAUUUCUAGGUUCAGUACACGCGCAUGCGCCUAUACAGCGGCGCCAUUUUGAAAAAAGACUUCCAGAAACUGCACAUAUAUUGAACUGGGCAAGAUGGAGAUCAACGACGCCAAUUUGCAGACUCUAUCAGCGUAUCUGCUGAAAACGCUCUCCCCUGACGUGAAUGAACGAAAACCAGCUGAAAAGUUUCUGGAAUCAGUUGAAGGUAACCAUGGAUACCCAAUAUUAUUGUUACAUCUGAUUGAGAAGUUGGAUGCAGAAAUGACAAUCAGAGUAUCUGCGUCGAUCACAUUUAAGAAUUAUAUCAAGAGGAACUGGCGAAUUCUGGAAGAUUUUCCCAACAAAAUUAGUGAUGCCGACAGACAAACCAUCAAAACAGAGAUAGUAGGAUUGAUGUUAAGAAUGCCUGAACAAAUACAGAGACAGGAGUUGAAACACCUUAGAGCUGGGUUCAGGUAUCGUCAUGAAUUUAAAUCUCAAGAACUGUGGACUGAAAUUAAAAUGGUCCUUGACAAUUUUGCAGCUCCACUAACUGAACUUUUUGUGGGUACCAUGGACCUUUCUAAACAAUAUUCCAAUGAUGCUUCAGCUAUCAAAAUAAUCUAUAGUUCACUGACUCUCAUCUCUAAACUCUUUUAUAGUCUCAACUUUCAGGAUUUGCCUGAAUACUUUGAAGAUAACAUGAAAAUAUGGAUGCCUAAUUUCCAUACACUGUUGGUUACGGACAACAAGCUGCUGCAUACAACUGAUACGGAAGAAGCAGGACCAUUGGACAAACUAAAAUCCCAAAUUUGUGAUAAUAUAGCGUUGUACGCUCAGAAAUAUGAUGAGGAAUUUCAACCAUACUUGCCGAACUUUGUGACCGCUGUGUGGAAUCUACUUACCAGUACUGGACAAGAAGUCAAAUAUGAUCUGCUUGUCAGUAAUGCUAUUCAGUUUUUGGCUUCUGUUGCUGAACGUGCUCAUUAUAAGAACUUAUUUGAAUCACAAGACACCCUCACCAGCAUAUGUGAGAAAGUUAUUGUUCCCAACAUGUACUUCAGAGAUACUGAUGAAGAAUUAUUUGAAGACAACGCUGAAGAAUAUAUUCGACGUGACAUAGAAGGAUCAGAUGUGGACACGCGACGACGAGCAGCGUGUGACCUUGUGAGGUCGCUGUGUAAAUUUUUCGAGCAACCAGUCACUCAGAUAUUCUCUCACUAUGUAUCCAGUAUGUUACAGGAGUAUGCCACUGAUCCUGUGAAACACUGGAAGAGUAAAGAUGUUGCUGUGUACUUGGUGACAUCCAUAGCUGCCAAAUCUAAAACACAAAAG